UACUUGCUGGAUCUUAGCAUCCUCUUCCACAGCUCUAUAUCCCUUUGAGUUUUCUGCUUCGUGAUUCGAGCUGACGUCACUUCCUGUAAAAUGUUUGUAAGGAGUUCUGCAGAGCAUCAUGUGGCACGGAUGAACUUUCACGCGUGAAAGUCUUAGAAAAAGUGUCAUGACUGAAGCCUGCAGUCCGUUUUCCGGUGGAAUGGCGCGAGCUGCUCUUUGCCUGUCGCUUCCUUAAGGUUUGUGCAGAGAGCAGCAGCUCCGUCCGCGCGCACCUGCGGCGCGGAUCCGUCUGGAACCAGCACGAGCUGAUCCAUCGAGCUGGGAGCGGGAGAGAAAGUGGGAGGAGGCAGAGUUUUAUGGAGUUUGGGGGUGGGGGCUCUUUCGGGAGUCUGAUCACACACGCAGCUCCACGAGCGCGCAGAGCAGAGGAGCGUCUUCAGCCGCGCGCGCAAAGACUGUGGCGCAAACAGCUCCGCUGGCAGGACGCAACAGGGCGAGUGUCACCCCCCCACUGACAAAGAAGUUAGUCUUUCCUGAAAGUAAAGUUUGAGUCGAUUCUAUUUGGAGAGGAACGUUUCUCAGAAACUACAGGCUGUUUAGACUCUCCGGGUUCCGUCUGGACUUUUCUGUCAUUGGUAGCUUUUUUCUUUUUUAAAUUUGUGAGUUUUUUUUCUUUCACUCUUUUAUGUUAUUCAUUUAUGUUUGUCUGUCACUAGUUUAAGCGCGUGAGCUACGCCUGCUUCUGUCCCCAAAUCACUUCAGUUUGAUAUAGAAGUUCACUUUCCUGCUGCGUUCUUCUGAGCCACGUCUAGCGCACACCCCACCCCCGUGCGCGUGCAGCGCAGAGGACCAGCCGCGCACGCGCAUCCGCCGGCUGACAUUCCGACACAGACUCGCACGCUGCUGCAGCUGAUGCUGCUGCUCCGCUGCAGGACUGAGGCGCAGCGCUGUCACUGCUGUUGACAGGUGGAGCUCUGACUGCCUGACUGCCUGACUCCAGGUUUCCACAAACACCCGCUGAGCUCCGUGGACACCCGGGCGGGAUGCGUGUGUCGGCGGGAGAGCGCGCCGCGCAGUCCGGCUGAAGGAGCGCAGUUGGAGUUGGAGCAGCGACGAGCCCCGAGCCGGAGGAGGCAGCUCCUCUCAACUCCUCCAUCCACUGCACGAGGAGCAAAGCAGCAGAGAGGGACCAUGAUGUGGAGAUGGGGGGUCAUCUCUGAAGACUGAAGAAAGACUUCCCCUCAGAUGUUGCGCGUCCUCUGUAACCUGCCGCGCCGCGGGACCAUGCUCGGGAUUUUCCUGACACUUCGAUCACAGGGUUAGUUCAGAAGAAACCACGAGCUGCUCGAUCCGCUUCUGAAUCACUCACUCGUUUGAUCUGAGCCCCCCCUCCCCCGGACCGUCAGCGGCUCUCUGCGGGAGGAGGCACCGGGCGCCCCGGGACCAUGAUCAGGAUCUUUCCCGAUUUCAGCGUGCAGGUGACGGCCUCGGCGGCCGGAGGAGCCGGCGGCGGAGGCGGCGCCGGCGGCGGGAUGAUGGCCGGCCCGCCGGUGGGGCGCGUGCCGGUCCCCGGAGCCACGAACGGGACCCCGCAGAGCCUGCAGGGAAUCACCGCCUACCAGCAAAGUGACCCCUACUGGGAGCGGCCGUCUAAUGCAGGCAGCUGCUCCAGCGCCCGGCCCAAGACCCUUCACCUGGCGGGCCAGCAGCACACUUCGUCUCCAUGGCUCCAGGCUCUGAGGAAGGAGAAGUCCCGGGACGCAGCGAGGUCACGGCGGGGAAAAGAGAACUUUGAAUUUUAUGAGUUAGCCAAGAUGCUGCCGCUGCCGGGUGCCAUCACGAGCCAGCUGGACAAGGCCUCCAUCAUCCGGCUCACCAUCAGCUACCUGAAGAUGAGGGACUUCGCCAACCAAGGAGACCCGCCCUGGAACCUGCGCAUUGAGGGCCCGCCCCCCAACACCUCAGUCAAAGCUAUCGGUUCUCAGAGGAGGAGGAGUCCCAGCGCCGUUGCCUCAGAGAUCUUCGAACCUCACCUGGGUAGCCACAUUCUGCAGUCUCUGGACGGCUUCGUAUUUGCACUAAACAAGGAGGGGCGCUUCCUCUACAUCUCUGAGACGGUCUCCAUCUACCUGGGCCUGUCACAGGUGGAGCUGACUGGCAGCAGCGUUUUCGACUACAUCCACCCAGGAGACCACGUGGAAAUGGCAGAACAGCUUGGGAUGAAGCUUCCUCCGGGACGAGGAAUGAGUCUGUCCCAAGCGGCCAUCAACGAAGACGGAGCGUCCUCUGCUUCUUCUUCAUCGCACUCGGAAACACCGGAACCAGUGGAGUCCAGCAGUCCCAGUCUUCUGGCUCCAGAUAACUCCUUGGAGAGAUCCUUCUUCAUCCGAAUGAAGUCCACUCUCACAAAGAGGGGCGUGCACAUCAAAUCCUCAGGAUAUAAGGUGAUCCACAUCACGGGCCGUCUGCGCAUCCGGAUGGCUCUGACGCACAGCCGCUCGGUGCCCAACCAGAUCAUGGGGAUGGUGGUGGUGGCUCACGCUCUGCCGCCGCCCACCAUCAACGAGGUCCGCAUCGACUGUCAGAUGUUUGUGACCAGAGUCAACAUGGACCUGAAGAUUGUCUACUGUGAAAACAGGAUCAGUGACUACAUGGACCUGACUCCGGUGGAGAUUGUGGGGAAGAGAUGUUACCAGUUCAUCCAUGCUGAAGAUGUGGAGGGCAUCCGGCAGAGUCACCUGGACUUGCUGAACAAAGGUCAGUGUGUGACCAAGUAUUACCGCUGGAUCCAGAAAAACGGCGGUUACAUCUGGAUCCAGUCCAGUGCCACCAUCGCCGUCAAUACCAAGAACUCCAGCGAGAAGAACAUCAUCUGGGUCAACUAUGUUCUCAGUAAUCCAGAAUACAAAGACACGCCGAUUGACAUCUCUCAGCUGCCGAACCUGCCAGAGAAGACGUCCGAGUCAUCUGAGAGCUCAGAAUCCGAGUCCGAGUCCAAAGAAAACUCAGACAGCGAAAACACAAAACCUGAGGAGAAGUCGAUCCAGCACCCUGAAGGAGACGCCGAGCCCGAGUUGGACGGCAAGCGGCAGCAUCAGUCCUCCUCCCAGCAGGAGAUGAAGCGGCACGAGGAGGACAGCUCCAGCAACCCCGAGAGCCAGGAGAGCGACGACAGCCUGGAAGCGUCUGACGGCGAGCAGGAGCACGACCAAGCAAUAAGAGCGGGAGGCGGGACGGGGCCCGGGCUCGAACGGUUAGCCCGGCUGGGAAGCCUGGAAGGACUGAGUGCCAUCAGUGGACUAGACAACUUAGGGGCGCUUCCUAUUAAAGUGGAGCAUUAUGGAGAAGGAGAAGAAGCACAACUGCACAACUCUCUAACCUCCUCAUCGGAGGAGGAGGAGGACGAAGACGAAGCAGAGGGUGGGGAGGGGCAAGACUGCAACAAUGCUGGCAUCCAGAACUGUCGAAAGAGGAGAAAAGUUCAAAAAUGGGACGGAUCCAGAAGCAGGAGGCUCCGACUGUCCACGGCGCCCCCCAGCCCCGUAACGGCGGGGGAGGCCCCGUCGCAGGUUAACUCCUCAGGGGCCGCGUCCAUCACCCCUCCUCACCUUCUGACCUCCGGAGGCUCCCCCAAGAGUGCAGCAGCAUCUGUCCUGAAGAUCAAGACGGAGAUGGUGGAGCCCAUCAACUUCGACAACGACAGCAGCAUCUGGAACUACCCCCCCAACCGAGAGAUCUCCAGGAACGAGGCCCCGUACAGCAUGACCUCCAAACCAACCCCGGGGGGUCACGAGAGCUUCCCCCCAUCGCAGGGCGGCGAUCUACAGGUGGUCAUUCCGGAGUCUGUGCUGACCCCCCCUGGAGCCGAGGGAGCAGGGGGCAGGAAGCCUCCCUUCAACGGAAACUCCGCUCCUUCCUCCUCCUCCAGCGCAACAAGUUUGGCUCCUCCCUCAAACACGUCCUCCGCUGACCCCCUGUCCCCACCCCUGUCUGCAUCCCCUAGGGACAAACUACAAGCCACUCCCACCACCUCGUCCUCCUCUUCCUCCUCGUCCAGCUCUUCGUCCUCCCUGGUGUAUUCUGGGGACCUUGAAGCGCUGCAGCGUUUGCAGGCCGGUAACAUGGUCCUUCCACUGGUUCACCGGGUCUCAGGGACUCUGGACUCCACCAGCACCGCAGCCUCACGUGUCUACACCACCGGCACCAUCAGGUACGCCCCUGCGGACGUCACGCUGGCCAUGGCACAGAGCAACCUGCUCCCCAACGCCACCAUGAACUUUGUGGACGGCCCAGGAUUUGGCCUGGAUCCCAAGACGCCGAUGGAGAUGCUGUACCACCACGUCCACAGGCUCAACAUGUCUGCCGCCGCCGCCGCCACCGGCCCGUUUGUGGGCUCCCCGCCGCCCACGGGUAACGGCUCCCUGGGGGGCCAGGUGCCGACGACAGCCAACGUUUUCACCACAGCAGAGGGCCUUUUCUCCACGCUGCCAUUCCCGGUCUACAGCAACGGGAUCCACACAACACAAACAGCCCUGGAGAGGAAGGAGGAUUAACCCAAAACGCCCCAGACCGCACUACUGUGUUUCCAGAAUCAACAGCUGUGUCAAAGACCUGUCGUUUGUGAAGUUCCGGAAAAAUGUCCGACACGGUGCAGCACUGUGGAGAGCAGGGACCACACAGGUCCACAGAGGUACUCUAGCACUUUGAAUUUGAGCGCGUUUGAUAGACGGGAGGAACUUGACGCCUUUUCUAACUAUUUUCUUGGUCAUCCUUCACUCUUCCAGUCUUCUACUUUCACUUCUGCAGAUGAACCUUUUUCUCUCAGAGAGACGAAGAAAAACAGACUUUAUUCUUUCAUAGAGUUCAUAAUGGAGCCUAAACGGGAUCAUUUUUACUGUCUCUGUUCCAUCUCUAUGAAACUGCAGAUUGUAUGUAUUUAAUAGAGAGGAGGUGGAGGGAGGGGGGUGAGAGAAAAAUAUAAGCUACUCCUCCUCAGGAGUCUUGAUGCAAUCGAGGCUUGGAGAGAAAGUUUUUACGUCCAGAAGGAGCUUUUAUUUCCACAAAGGUCUCAGAGGCAAGCAUUUAAAAAUAGGGUUUGGAGAAUGUAUUCUUAGUUAGCAGAUUAGAAAAAGAGAUUUUGUUUCUUCCUCUUUUCUAAAUAAUGUCAGAUUUUACUUGGGCCGUCGUAGCUCUGAGCUGGGCCACCUGUGAACUCUUGAAUGUUCAGUUCCCUCCUCCUCCUCACCUGAGGGCUUUGAGCCAGGGCAUCAGCUCCUCUCCAUCUGUGUCGUCCUUCUAGCCGGGUUUCUGAACCUUUAAUCUCUGAGCCAACCUUUCUGUCCGACCUGUGGUGCUAGUGACUGUCCAGUGACCCACAUUCAGCUGGCUGAAGCGGGCGCUGCGCACUGACCGCCCAUACAGAACGGUCGUUGUUCUUAGCGGGAAGAGAAGCUAUCUUACCUUUCCUCUUUUGUUUGUUUGGUCUGUAAGAACAUUAGAGCCUCUGAUUUUGGAGAUGACCUUAAAGUCUCUUCACAUUUCACUCUAAAAGUCUGAUUUGAUCCACAAGAAACGGUGAAAAUACAAAAGUUUUUCUUACUACUUUUUCCUCUUCCUGUUUGUUGGUUUUUCUUCCAACUCACCCAUUGGCGCUCCGAUUCUUCCAAAAUCGGAGGCACUGCUAACUUGAAUGUUGAAAACCUCGACCGGCUCCUGUUUUUUUGGUUUUUGCGGCACGACCGUGUUCUUCCCGGUUUUUCUUCUCCUCUUCUUCCUCUUCAACCAGACUAACCUCUGCAAAACUCUUUUUUCGACGAUCCGCUCUCUUCCAUCUCAUCGCCAGACCCUGUGAUAAAACCAACACAUAUCAACGAAGAGAUUGUAAUAAAGACACGCAUUUUCAAUCAACCUUUCAAACAAUCAAUCAAUGACUUCAAGGAAAGACUAUUUCUUAACUUUGCUUUCUGGGGGGAACAAAAGUCCCUGUUUUCUGUGGUUGUCCUUCUGUUUUGUCUUUUUACUUUUCCCGCCUCUGUUUCUAACCAAAAAGAGAAAAAAGAAGAAAUGCUAAUCUCACACGUUUGGUGUUUUAAAAACACUGUGAUUCUCACUCAAUUGUAAUUUUUUUCUUUGAUAUUUUGGUAAAAAGAUGAAUAAUUAAUGGUAUUAAGCUAUCGCAGCCACUCGUUUCUAAGCUGACAGCCCUACCUUUCCCAUCAUGCCUUUCUUCUUGUGUGAUUAAGUCGUAAAAAGUGUUACCAAUGUGUUAAGUGUCAAAAAGUCUUUCAUGGCGACUUCUCCGUGUGUGUUUACUAUAUGCAGUAUAUACUGAGCUACUGUAGCCGUUUUUGUCCCUUGUCUUCUCUGUGCUCUAUCUCUCGUGUGGGGGGCGGAGAGGGAAGGGGUGGGGCUUUGAGGAUGACCGGCAUCCCCAGAAAAACCGCCGCCCUUUGACCCCGUGUCUGGCCUCCCGUCCCCUCUCUCUCUGCCGUCUUAGUGAAACCAGUGGAGGUCGUGGAGUUUCGUGUUUGGUGGCCUUUCUGCAAGAACAGAACAAAAAAGCAGCAAAGUCCGCCUCUUCUUUGGCUCUGCUUCCUCUUUUGUCAUUGUAAACCGCUUCUUUUGGUUCGGUCACUGUUGCUUUUUGCUGUCGUGUGGUCUUACUGACAACUCUUAUCUCGCCGUCUUCUUUCUCAGAGAUGAAAAAAAAAAUGAUGAACUACUAGCUCAAAGGUUUACGGAGCCAUGUUUUCUGCCUCUGAGGAAUUCUGGGACUCGAAAGCGUCCAGUGAAGUUUUAAAGGAAUCUACGGAGAAAUGAAUUAUUGUACAUGUAGUCUGUGAAUCCCAGAGUUCCUUGGGGUUUCUCCUGUGCAUUGGGUGUAUUUCAGUGGUUUCCACCAAAACUUGUUGACUUUCAGUGCAAAUUUCUCUGAAACAAAAAAAACAACAACACAAAAACAAGAAAAGGUGUUAAAAAAAAUGUGUUCAAGGAAGAAGAAAAAAAACGUGGUCUUUCUGGAAACCUAAUUUAGAAGGAUUUUAAGGAUUUCUAAAGAAACUUAAAGGAGAAAAAGUAUUUCUCAAUAUAAAUCUAUUUUUAUAGGUGUUUUGGAGAACUAAACUGCAUGUUUUGUCCGAUGUGUUUCAUCCCUCUUUUGUUUUUUGGUCACUUUUUAUUUAUGCAGUAACCUUGUUUGUUUGUUUGUUUUGUUACAGUCUGUAUCCGAGGGGAACAAACGGGGGGGGGGGGGGCUUUUGGAGUAAUAAUAAUGUUUUUUGUGUGACAGCAGCCCCCCCACAUCAGGAAGUGUCUGUACCUGUGCUUUAUGUCAAGAAUCGAUGUGUUGUUUUGAGAUUUUUAACAAAAAGAGCUUAAAAAAAAAAAAAGAAGGGUGGGGUGGGGGGGGUUCCUGAAUCACAGCUUGAAUGUUAAUUCCCGCCAUUCUGGAGCGUUUCACAUUUUUGCGUUUUCUACCUGCUCUAUGGCGAAGUCAGGGCACAAACUCAGAGCAGGGGCGGUGAGGGGGGGGUUCAUGAAAAAAAACCAGGAAAUACACCCACAUGUAAGUCAAGCCAAACAGCCUCUUCCAGCUGUUCCAGUGGUUCUUUUUUCUUUCUUUCUAUGUUUUGUGUCAGAAAUGACCAUCUUGCUGGUGGUUUUGGAAUCACAGCUGCUGUGAACUGCAUACUGUUGAAGACCUGCAAAUAUGGAAAAUCACUUCAUUUAACUGUGAAGAAACUGUGUCUGUGUUUUUAACAACUUCUUGUACAAUUAAACAGAUUCUUUUAUGAGGAACUUGGUGCCGAGUAGCUGAAAUACAGCAGAGAGGGAAUCUCUUGUUGUCAAUGUUAACAGUGUUAUAUAAUUCUAAAUCCAAACAAAUUAAAACAUAAAAAAAGAAAUAAACCCCAAUGGUACAUUUCUAUUUUUUUUGAAGGGGGGGGGUUGAUUUCCGCCAGGGAACAAAUAUGAAAAAACACCUAAAACCAACUUAUGUGUAACUUUGAGUGCCUGAUUUUGUUUGUUUUUCUAAGAGCCACCUUUCUGUUACCAUAACUAACACUGCAGGUCCUAAAGUGUGCACUCGUCAUUUUCUUCCUGGGUUCUCAUCCAUUCAGAGGAGCAUUUCACACAUUGGUUUUCUGUAACCCAGUUUUACCAUCCUCUAGGGGCCAUAUUCAUAAUAAAAAGAUCUCUCAAAUGUG